CGCGGUAACAUGGUUUCCAGUUCCAACAAGAUGACGCCAUGGCUGAUGGCAUUCUUCUGUCUGGUGACUGCCGGCUGCUCGAACGUCACGGACCAGCAACCAUCGGAAACGCAUCAUGAUCAUCAAGUGGCGAUCUUGAAGCAGAUCAGAAAGGUGAACGAAGACGGCUCUUAUACAUACGGUUACGAAGCCGGCGAUGGAUCAUUCAAGGUCGAGAGUCGCGAUGUUUUGGGCAACAUUAAAGGCACGUUCGGUUUCGUCGACGCCGACGGCGAGAUAAAGAGGGUCUCGUACUCGUCGUCGAACGGGACGGGCUUUAAAGCAACCACCAUGUCGCCAUUGCAGGAACACGUAUCGGUCGUGCAAAGUAUACCGCGUCUCAACCGUACGUUAUCAACUACGAGAAAACCGAACAUCGUGUACGCCACGACGACGGAAUCGUCGACCAGGCCAUCGGUCGUGCAGUCGAUUCCUCGAACGAGGAAGACGACUACCAGUACCACCACGACCACAAGCACCACUACUACCGAGGCACCGAAAACGAUAUUCGGACACUACUUGAAAGGCACGUCGAAGAGCAGGCCGCGUUUCGUCAUCAAUGGCCAACAGAGACCGAUCGUCAUAGAGGAAGACACCGAAGACGAAGAUUCGCAGAUCAAUCGACCUAGUACGGAUGACAAGAGCGGCGCCUACCGAAGAAUCAUCUUUGCCAAGCGACCGAUCGAGCAUAGUCUCCCGCCGAUCUCUGAAGACUUCGUAGAGAAGGAGGACGAGGCUAAAAUCACGACGGGGAAUACUUUGAGGAGGCAAUUGCACGACGAGACCACCAAGUCGAGUUCCAUUGCCGAUGACGGCGACGAUCACUCCGACGUUUAUGGUGGUUCCUUGUCCACGACGCGUCCUUUGUUCACCACGUCGGCUCCGUCGCGAGUCCUCCAGAGAGUUUCCAGUACUUCGCGCCCAGAACGGCCAAAGUUCUACGUCAAUCGUCAGGAGAACUUGGGAGCGGGUGGUCGAUUCGACAGUCCGAAGUACGAAGGUUCUCGGGUCUACGAGACGGAGACGAAGCCCACCCAGGAGGAGCGCACGACGACCCAACAACAGAUCCUGCUUCGCAGUUCUACGGCCAGGGUACCGACGGAGACCCGGGACUACGUCAGACAGAGCACCGAGCCUGUCUUCGUGAGACAGCAAUCUGAUCAGUAUCUGCGGGAACUGCCGCCAAGAAUACUCGUCCAGUCUCAACAGGGCAAUCUCGAGGACGACGAAGGUGUCUAUCGAGCGAUACCGAUCGGCAGGAUCUUGUUACCUCGGCCUCCGCCGAAUCACCAGCCGGUCUACUCGAGCACGACGGACGCCAAUGUUCAUUACCUGACGGAGAAUCCCGUGCCCGAUCCCGAGGAUGAGGCGCGGAUCGCAAUGAACAUGAAUUACAUGCGUCCGCGUCCCGUGCGGCCGCUGAUCUAUCCGGAUCCCGAGCAGAGAGCACGGCCAAUUCUACGGCCGAUUCCGAGUGCGGCAGUUCAUCCUGACGACAGAGACUAUCAGGCGACCACGCCCGAGUAUCCUUACCGAGCUGGCGGCCUGGCGCUGCCUCCGGAGCCGCCAAAUCCGAUCGCGCCGCCUCUGAGCCGACGAGACUUUCAGAUGUUGCUGAGGAGGCUACUGGUGAGCCAAUACGGCGUGCAAGCCCUGUCAUACCCGAAGAGCUUCCUUGAAGACGCCCUGUACGACCAGCAGCCGUAUUCUUCGUACCCGGCGGGCUAUCAGGCGCCACUUCCCAGACCCGAGCUCGCGUACGAUCAACAGGCGCAGUACGGCGAUCGAGUGUCUCUGAGACGCCCGGUGUACCCCCGGGCUCUGAGCCCGCUCUAUCAUCCUCAAUAUGACGAUUAUCACGACAGAUAUCCCAAGAGAGUGUACAGGCAGAAAUUCUACACGCAGGACGUAGCCGACGAAGCCGAUGAGAUUCUACCGGCACCCAUUAGGGAAGCUUUACUGCUGCGAAUGGUGAACCUAGCGAUCAACACCGAACGAUCGACGAUGGUUCCGACAACCGUGUUGACUACUACGACGCCGGCAUCGAGAUACAGAAAGACGGGUCCGGUUAGGAGCGUGCAGAUUAUUACGGACGACGAGGAAGAAAAGGACAUGAGGAAGAAGAUGUAACGACGACGAAUGGAGUUAGAAAUAGUUAGGAAUUACGAAGAAGUAUUACUCACUUCAAGUAUAAUAUAUAUAUAUAUGAGUUAAAUUAUUGUAGAAUUUUAACUAAUUGUUACGACUUUUUUUACAAGAUGAGAGAAACUCGACGGAAGUUAACGAAUUUGCUUUCGGCAAUAUAUUUUUAGAUAUGUCAUCCCUAAUAUCAUUAUCAAUUAUCCCGGAACGAUAUCGAAUUCUCACGAUAGCAUAUUUAAGUAUGACGAAGCGGCUUACGUCAACGAUAACCUUUUUUUUUAAUAGCGAACGGAUAUGUCCAACUAAUGUCUUUGCAACGGACGCAUUCGUCGUUAAUGAAUCGAAUCGGUUUCGCGAAAGGGAAAUCGUUGCUGCGCAGCCCGACCGAUUUUCUGCACGAUAGCCUCCCAACUUUUGUUGACGCGCAUAUUUACCUUAGAGUAGGUGCAUCAGUGUUCGCAAUCGACUAUAAGAAAUAUUGUUAGAUAAUUAAAUUUCUUUUCUAAAUGAAGAUAUUAUUUUCUCAUACACUUAUCUUCCAGGUAUCGCGUGAAAUUUUUCUCACGCUGCUGGGAUUUGCGUCAAUAUCAUGUCGUUUAAAAUUAACAAUGAGGGAAGAAUGUUGAAACAACGAAAUAUCACCAGUGAAUAGCAUUCCAAUAGAUGACAGCUUUAAUUUACAAUUAGAUGAUAAUUACAUUACGAUAACUAUAUUAAUUAUCCCGUAGCUUCAGAAAAUAUAUUUAUCUCUUAACGCGAUCUCUUAGAAACCGAACAAAUACAUUGGGCAUUUAUUGGUCAGCAAUCAAUCACUGGUGCAUCUAUCCUAAAGCGAUUAUCCGAAAGAAAUCUCUCUUACGAGAUACCCUCCGUUAAAACGGGACGGACAGCACCAGCGAAAGCUCUUAGAUCCUAAGGCAUCUCUAGCGUACUCCCUGCUUACGACUGUAAAUACGGCGUUACGUAAGAGACUAGUGUGAUAUAUACGCAUCGAAAUAAAGAAAGAGUCGGACGGUAGACGCCAAGGCGUUGUGUGAGAACUCAUUUCAUAAGUCCCUGAGAGUCGGCGUUACCGGGAAA